AUGUUACUCGUGGACCGAGUACACCGCCUGCCUAGACCAAGAUUCCUACCAGAAACUGCACCGCGGGAUGUGCUGCUGCGCAUGCAUUAUUACCAUGUUAAAGAAAUUAUACUAAAGUCAAGCAUAAAUAAAGUGACACCACUGGAAGGUUAUCCAAACCUGCUGAUCUUCGCUGAUCUCUCGGCGUCCACUCUCCGUAGAAGGAAAGAGUUUGCUCCAGUCGCCAACUCCGUAAGAGCUCACAGCCUUAGAUUUAGAUGGGGCUUUCCCACCAAAAUGUUGGUGACGAAAGACAACGCCACCCAAGUCAUCACAUCACCUGAAGAUGGACUUCGCAAGCUACAGUCCUGGGGAUUUAUGGACCAAAGACCGGAGCAUCACACUCCACCUACCAGGCGCAUCACACUGGACUGGCACAAAACAUGA